GAACUGUUGGUCACGUACACCUGGUCUGAAAACGACUGGAGUCUGAAACACCUUGGACUUGCUGAAGGCAACGUAGUCUACCUGCGGAUGCUGUGAACUAGGAGCUGACCAAAAAGUGGGAGAGCUCCAGGAACCCUCCCUGGAAAAGAGUGCUGCUGGGGUGAGUGCAGAAGAAUGGCUGCGGCAGAACCUCUGACCGCUUUUUCCCGAUGGUACCUCUAUGCCAUCCAUGGCUAUUUCUGUGAGGUGAUGUUCACAGCUGCCUGGGAGUUUGUGGUCAACUUCAACUGGAAGUUCCCAGGCGUUACCAGUGUGUGGGCACUAUUCAUCUAUGGCACCUCCAUCCUUAUUGUGGAGAAGAUGUAUCUAUAUCUCAAAGACAAGUGUAACAUUUUAGUGCGCUGCUUCAUUUACACACUUUGGACAUACCUCUGGGAGUUCACCACUGGCCUCAUCCUACGACAGUUCAAUGCCUGCCCGUGGGACUAUUCCCAGUUUGAUUUUGACUUCAUGGGCCUGAUCACUCUGGAAUAUGCCAUCCCAUGGUUUUGUGCUUCUUUCAUCAUGGAACAGCUGGUGAUCAGAAACACCCUGCGCUUACGAUUUGACGAGACUGCUGAGCCGGGGGCCCCCACCGUCCCCGUUGCCUUGGCCAACGGCCACGUGAAGACAGAUUGAGCAGUGACUUAGAAUCACACUUAGCAAUCUGGGAGAGCCCAGACCACUACUACAGACUGUCAGCUCUGGCUCCGAGGUACUGCUCCUUGCUGUAUGAUAAGAUUCAUAAACCCCAUUUUUCUAAUGGGGGUGUGCAUGGGAUAUACCAGAAGAAAUGGAACCAGUAGAUUUUCUAUGGAUUUUACUCUUUGGGCUCCAAGGACCAAUAUCAGUUACCUGUUAGUUAGGUCAUUUCUGAUUUUAACUUAUUACAGAUGAAAGCAGUCCUUUUGCUUACACUUUAACGUGGAGAAAGAAGAAAAAGAAAUGCUACAGCGGAAAUUCAUCCAAAAGAAAAACACCUAAUUAUUUGAUGGUCAUGGACACGCCAGCUGAGUUAGUGAUUGGCUUACUCCAUUAGGCAAUAUUCAGGUGCUUGCUUGCAACCAAUACCUCCUGUGGGACCUGAGAUGCUGCAGGAACAAGGAAAAUCCAUCUGCUGUUGAGAAGAACCUAAGACUGGCAAUCUGCUGGGGAGGUAGAUGGUGUUCCCCUCACCAGGUCCCAUUGGCCUCUCCCCAGGUUCUUUUUUGCACCAUGAAAUAAUCUGGUGCUGGACAUCUUGGUGAAUUUAUACAGAUCUUGUACUUUUUGAAAUCUCAGUCCUGAUACUUACUAGAAAUUUUUUCUUUUUUUUUUUCUUUUUCUUUCUUUUUUUUAAUGAAGGUCUUUUUUGCCAAGUGAAUUUUACCAUAAUCUGUGCAAUCUGAAUCUUGGCAAAAGGCGCAAGAAAUAGUGCAAGUCUUCCCAUCUCCUCUGUACUCCCAAAGCAGACCUUGCCUGACAGUCUGCUUCAGAUUCCAGCUCCCAUCUCAUCCAUGCAAACCUUGUAGAGACUAUACAGGCCACAAGAAUUUUCUGCCUUCCUUUCCAGGGAUUCCUCUGUUUCUGGUAAUGGUGGUGACUUAUGCUGGCUGCAGCCCAUUGUAUUUGAAGGUCAAAACCUUUGUGUGGCUAACAUGGUAUCCGGGAUUUGCUCCUCUGGCAUUGACUCUCAUGUUCCUUCAGCACUGGCAGGCCUUGGCUCAGUUCUGCCCAGUGUUCUUCUCAGUGUAUCAAGUGGAUUUGCUUUUUCUUCCCAAAUUCUGCUUUAAAUAACCACAACCAUAUUGUCAUGACAAUAACUGGAGGCAGCAAGAGAUAUACCAUGCUGCCUGAUAAAUUUAUUAAAAAAAAAAAAGGCAAAAAACCCUUCUCUGAAGAGCACUUAAUUCUUCAUGGUCUGCCCGAAUGAGACUUUUGAGUUAGGGUUCAAGAACAGCGGGAGAGAGGUGGAGCAGGAGGGAGUGCUGUGGCUUCACUGUGGAACUAUCUGCACUGGGGACAGUUUGAAAUUUAACCUAUUGGGAACACCUAUAGAGUACAAGGACAAUUGUGGUACAGGGAAGGUUUUUAUAGUGGCAGCCAAAAGUUCACAGUUCACUCAGGCAAGUCUUGGCUUCCGAAGUUAGCAACAAACAUGGAGCUUCUAGCUGUCAGAUGUCUCACUCCCGAGCUGGGUUAUGGGGAAGGUUUGCUGUAGUUGCCCUGUAGGGCCAGAUUAAUUUUUUGUGUUCUUCCACCAUAGUCAGCAGAGCUGUACAAGGGAUCAAUUUGGCUUGAAAUGCAAAUGUGUUGUGGGAUUCCACUCUUGUUUUGGAAAUAGUUGGGCUAUUUAUGUGUAGGUCCCUUGUCUCUGAGCUAUUUAUGUGUAGGUCCCUUGUCUCUGGUAGGGGGUGCUCAGAUGUGAACCUGCUUCUUGCCCUGUGGUGGCCAUUCCUGAAAGGAAAAGCACUGCUGAUCCUGUGAGUUGAAUUGUUUCUUGGUUCUGCUCUUAUGAAGGCAGUGUUAGUACUUUUUUGUAUCACACAGAGAGCAAUUAUUUUAUUCCUUCCCUCCCUUUUCUCAUGUGGCAUCCAUUGCUGGCAAUGGACACAUGAAAACAGUGGUGCAAGGAGUUAAUCAAAUCUGCCCUGAGUAUGCAAUGUCUCCUGAAGCACUGAGAAUACUUAGGUGGGUAUUUAGAGUCUCCUUUUUAUAGUUCAUUAAAUUAAAAGAGAACAAACACUGAACAGAUAGUUCUUCUGAUGCUGUGAUGCGAGUAUUAUGAAAUAAGAACAGUAUGUAGUUUAUCAGCUGUGUUGGUCUCAGGCAUAUAGGUCCAGGCAAAAUAGUCACCUGACACUGUACAUGGAGUUAAAAAAAGAGAUUUGUGCAUGGGAUAAUGUAGAUGAGCUGUACUGGAACAGAACAAGAAUUGCAAGGUGCAGAUGAGAGUGGGAUCUCACCAUUUUGGCCCUGGUUCUGUCAAGGUUAUCAAACACCGUGUCUAAAGCUGGGUUGUCCUCUCAUAGAAUAGCUUAAACAUGGUGUUGUGCUGCCUCCUACAUCACCCCCACAUCAUGUAAAACCCUCAGCCUCAUAGAAACAUCCUUAGGAUCCCUGCUUUCUCCUUAGCUGUUAGAAAACUUUUUAGGAAGGUUAAAAGGAGUUAGCAAUGUGGUUUGGAGGAGUGGCUGUCCACAGAGCUAACCUGGUACACAAUAACAGCUAUGUGUGUGUUAUUGUCUGUUCUUUAGGAGGUUCCAAAUAAAUGACACUGGUUUUGCUCAGUGGGGUAAUAUUUAGAUGCUCAAACUACGGAGGGGUUUCCCAGCAGCAUUUAGUAUUUAGUGUGUUAUCCUUCUUGCCUGUGUCAUUGUAACAACUGUUUUGUCUGCUUUCCACUGAUGUCUGACGUGUACCACCCAGCUAUUGCAUCUUUAUAGAGUGGUGAUUUAUACCCAGAAGUGCACUUUACUUGCAGCUUGCACACCAGAAACAGAAAAGGACCCGGCAAAUUCUUAAAUCAAUUAAUUAUAUAUAGUACCACAUACCUAAUGCAGCAGGAUUACCCAGACUUCUCCGUUCUGAGCAACAUGGCUGCAGUCAGAGCUAUGUCUUUUCUGCAAAAUCUCCCUUUUUAAUACAUGUGAUGCUUCUUACAACAUCUUGCAGAAGUGCCCAGAGCACGUUACCAGGAUCUUGGUGGCAGCUCAGUGAGAGCUUCGGAGCUGGACUGAAGUUGAAGAGACAUUUACAUUAAGAAGAAAAAAACGCACAAGGCCUAACAUUUGUUGUAUGUGUAUCUUCCUCAGUAGAUUAAAGUUGCCUGUUUUGAGUUCACCAGCAAUAAAAAAACCUUGUGAUUUA